UCGUGGGGUGACCGGCAGGUGCCGUCGUGGGCCAGAUGUGGCUGGGCGCAGCCCGGGCCCUACGCAGGGCGUGGCGGGCCCCGGGGAGGCCCUGCAGCAGCGGCUGCGGUGACGCAGCUUCUGCGCCUCAGGGCACCCCCAGCUGCUGGAGCUGCGGCAGCCAGAGGGUCCCCGCGGGCGGAGAUCCGCUCUUCUGUCCCGCCUGUCGCGCACUGCAACCGCCCAGCCAUGGGCUAGACUACUUCCGCAUCAUGGAUUGCGGCCGGUCCUUCACCGUGGACGUGGGGAGUCUGAAGCGUCGGUACCAGCAGCUCCAGCGCCUGGUGCACCCCGAUAACUUCAGCCAGAAGUCGCAGACCGAACGGGACUUCUCCGAACAGCAUUCCACGCUGGUGAACGAGGCCUACAAGACGCUGCUGGCGCCGCUGAGCCGCGGCUUGUACCUGCUGAAGCUCGAGGGCGUGGAGAUCUCGGAAGGCACAGACACUAACAUGGACGUGCAGUUUCUGGGGGAAAUCAUGGAGGUUAACGAGAAGCUCUCUGGAGCUCACAGUGAGGCUGAAACCCAAGAGAUCGAAGCCAUGGUUAGAGACAAGCAGAAAGAACUGACUGAAGACUUGAACGAGGCUUUCGAACGAGGUGAUCUUCUGAAAGCCAAGGAACUUUUAGGGAAAAUGAAAUAUUUUGUAAAUUUAGAAGAAAAAGUGAAACUAAAGAAGACCCCGAGCUAAGUGGAGAUGGACACCCCCUCCGGCCUGCCUUUGCUCCAUUAAAUUCUUUUGUAAAUCCUU